CCCGAGGCGCGGGCGCGCGGGCGCACGGAUCCCGCGCGGGCGCGCGGCGACGCGCGACGGACGAUCGACGCGUCGAGGGCGACGCGCGCGGUUGAUUUCGUGGACGGUGUAAAACGCAAUCGGAACGCACUCGCGCGUGUUUGACGCGGUGUAGCGCUCGAGGCCGCGCGGCGUCCGGGCACGAGGGCGUUGGAGGCGGUCGACGAUAAGGAGAUGUCGCUCGAUGCGUCGUCGUUUUACGCGAAGAAGGGUGGUGCGGUGGAUUCUUCGGACGACGAAACCGAAGGGCCGGGCGCGUCUGGACGCGGUGCGCCGGGGAAGAUUAUGAUUGAAAUCAAGCCGUUAUCCGCGAUGACGAACGCGAAAACGAACGAGAAGCCGUUAGAUGCGUUUUCUUUCGCACCGCCGCCGCGGGCGAGGAUGUCGGCGCGCGUGGACGCCGUCGAGGGUGUGAACGCUGACUCAAACGCGACGUCGACGACGGAUCGACCGGAAAAUGAAGCGCCGGGGACGUCUGCGGCGGUUGAUGUAGCGAAAGAUGGAUCAGACGAGGCGCAAACGACGAAACGUGGAGGUCUGUCGCAGCUAACGCGUGAUUUAGAGGCUUUCACGACGAUGACGGCGUCGAAAUCGGUCGCGGCGCCUACCCGCUCGACGCCGAGGCCGAAGCCACUUGCGGUCGAUCCUUACGAUAUGCUCGACGCCAUCGUCGGCACACCGACGGCCGAUUCGUCGGGAAUAGAUAGCGUCACGGUUGACAGACAUCAUACAUCGUCUCCACCGAGUCGAUCCAGUCUACAAAAUCGUGAAUUAAACGCCCUGAAUGGAAGAGGAGGUGGUCGCGAGCACGAAGGACGAACAUCGAAUCGAUCGAUAGGCGGAGGGUCGACGUCCGGAGUAGUGAGCCCGCGCGGGGGCGUCUCAAGAGGAUCGUUCGGAGCGGAAUCAUCGGCAUUCUAUGAAGAACUAGCGCAAAUUUCGCUACCCGAUACCGAUACCAUCAACCCGCAACGCGAGUUCAAUCGCGGAGUCGAGCUGUUCGACGCCAACAAGCUUAGCGAGGCGCUGUUCGCGUUUGUCGCGGGAGCCGUGAAUGCGGUGCACAGUGGAGAUCCUAUCGCGCUUAGAUGCGCGGCGUACGCGACAACGUGCAAAAUAUUGCGCGACUGCUCGACGUUUCUGGCAGGUAACGUCAGCGAGUGCGCUCGGUUGACGCGGCACCUCGUAGCACUGCCUAGAGUCGAGGAUCGACACCGCCGGGCGUCGCUUCGGUUCGCCAGCGCGAAAAAUUUCAAGGUAGGCAACGCCGGGGUGGCGGGGGAGAUGAUCAAAGAGCUAAUGUCGAUAACAUCAUCGUCAAAUUGGGGAAAUUUGGAAGCCAUGCUGGCGCAGUGUGAGAUGCGAGGCCAAAGGACCGACGACGUUCCGGAAACCGAAGAUCCUAAGAAGAUGUGCGCGGCGACUCUGGAAUCUAUCCCGAAAAGUGCGAACGGGAUCGAAUGCAAAGCGUGCGGGGCGCUUCAUUCGACAAAAGCGGCGUUCGAGACCGGGCAAUGCGUGAUUUGCCGAUCGACACUCGCCGGGACGAGGCAAAAUACCCGUGCCGAGGCUUCGUGGUUCUAA